UUCGAGUUUGCUGCUAUGGCUGCACUCUUAUGGUUUUGUUCUACCGGGGCGUGGAACAAUGGCAAUGGCGCAUGCUGUUAUGUGAUCGACAAGUUGAGAUGUUUGCUUACAGCACAUCAUCUGUCCCGUUUCCAUGCAGUGGCGCACUUUUCAUUCCGCCGUUUUGUUUGUUCGCAGGGUGCCCGGGUAUGGGUCCCGAACCCGGAGCGAGUGUGGGAGGGUGCCGAGGUCCUCGAAGACUACAAGGAUGGCGCCGGCAAGCUCAAGCUGCGCCUGGACGCCAGCGGCAACACGCUGGAGGUGGCCCUGGGGCCCGACAAGCAGCUGCCUCCGCUCCGCAACCCUGACAUUUUAGUGGGCGAAAAUGAUCUCACCUCGCUGUCGUACCUCCACGAGCCGGCCGUGUUGCAUAACCUGCAAGUUCGGUUCUGCCGCCACAAUGCCAUCUACACUUACUGCGGUAUUGUACUUGUUGCAAUCAAUCCUUACUCUGAACUACCAAUUUAUGGUAGUGAUACUGUUUGGACCUACCGCGGUCAAUCUAUGGGUGAUCUCGAUCCUCAUAUUUUUGCUGUGGCAGAGGAAGCAUACACUAAGCUCGAAAGGGAGCAGAGAGAUCAAAGUAUAAUUGUUUCUGGAGAGUCGGGAGCAGGCAAAACUGUGUCAGCAAAAUAUGCUAUGCGAUAUUUUGCAAUUGUUGGUGGAUCUUCCACUGAAACACAAGUUGAGAAGAAGGUACUUGCUUCAAGUCCUAUUAUGGAGGCGAUAGGAAAUGCCAAAACUACUCGUAAUGACAAUAGUUCGCGGUUUGGGAAAUACAUAGAAAUUCAUUUUGACCGUGCAUACCAUAUAGUUGGUGCAAGUAUGCGCACAUAUCUUCUAGAAAAGUCACGAGUUGUCUUCCAAGCACCAGAGGAGAGGAAUUACCAUGUGUUUUACCAGCUCUGUGCCUCAAGAGAUCAACAUCCUGAUUUGAAACUGGCACACCCAGAUGAAUUUGUGUACUUAAAUCAGGGGGGUGCUGCCACUAUUGAUGGUGUUGAUGAUGCGAAGAGUUUUGUAGACAUGGUUGGAGCUCUAACAUUGCUUGGUUUUGGCCCCAAAGAACAGAAUGAUAUGUGGCGUGUUCUUGCUGCUGUGCUUCAUCUUGGUAAUGUUCAGCUUACCCCUCAAGCAGAGGGCACUACAAUAAGUUCCAAAGAUCGUCAUUUGGCAAUUUUCUGUGAAUUGCUAGAAAUAGACAUCAAUGAAAUGCGUACCUGGCUUUGUCAGCGCCGAAUAGUUAGUGUUCGAGAAGUCUUGAACACACCUAUGAAUGUCAAAGAGGCAACAGCUGCUAAGGGUGCCUUGGCUAAGCACGUUUAUGCAGAAUUAUUUAACUGGAUUGUGGGUAUAGUAAAUAAAGCCCUAGAAAGUGGAACCAACAGUACUCAGAAGUUCAUUGGUGUCCUAGAUAUUUAUGGAUUUGAAACUUUUGAAAUAAACAGCUUUGAACAGUUCUGUAUAAAUUAUGCUAAUGAAAAACUGCAACAACAGUUUAAUCAACAUGUAUUCAAAUUAGAACAAGAAGAAUAUUUGAAAGAAGAAAUUGAGUGGAAAUUUAUUGAUUUCUAUGAUAACCAGCCGUGUAUUGACCUAAUUGAAACUCGAUUAGGUAUUUUAGAUCUCUUGGAUGAAGAAUGCAGAAUGCCUAAAGGAAAGGAUUCGUCAUGGGCUGAAAAGCUUUAUUCUCAAUGUACCAAGUGGAAACACUUUUCUAAACCAAGGUUUGGUACCACUGCAUUUCUUAUCAAGCAUUUUGCAGAUAAUGUGCAAUAUGAGGUAGCUGGAUUUUUAGAGAAGAACAGAGAUACAGUCAUGGAGGAACAAAUUACAGUACUUAGAGGAAGUCAAAAUAAACUGGUUCAAAAACUUUUUGCUGAUGAAGCUCGUCGACUUGUGGUUCCUGCUGCUAGAGUGAAGGUUACUCCCUCCCAACCUCAGGCACAGUCUAAGCAGAAUAAGAAAACUGUAGGAUCACAGUUUAGAGACUCUCUCAACAUGCUUAUGUCAACAUUGAAUGCAACUACCCCUCAUUACAUCAGAUGUAUUAAACCAAAUGAUGUCAAAAAGCCUUUUGAAUAUAAUGCAGUUCGUGCUGUCCAACAACUAAGAGCAUGUGGAGUACUGGAAACUAUACGAAUCAGUGCAGCUGGUUUUCCUUCCAGGUGGACAUAUGGAGAUUUUUUCCAGAGGUACAGGGUGCUCUGUGUCUAUAAAGACAUUGAUUAUGAUAAUUUGCGAGCAACUUGUGGUAGAAUACUGAACAAGCUAAUUAAGGAUGAAGAUAAGUACAAGUUUGGAAGAACAAAACUUUUCUUUAGAGCAGGACAGGUUGCAUACAUGGAAAAACUUCGUGCUGAGCGCUUACGUCUGUGUUGCAUCAAAAUGCAAGCCCAAGUACGUGGGUUCAUAGCUCGGAAGAGAUAUCUGAGAAAGCGAAAUGCAGCCUCAACCAUUCAAAGAUGGGUUCGAGGUUUUAUUGCAAGAAGACGUGUUUAUCACAUGCGGCGUGAGCGUGCCGCAACCAUCAUUCAGCGGCGUGUGAGAGGUUGGGUCAAAUUGCAGCAGUACCAGCGUUUGAGGCGCACCAUACUUGGUAUUCAAACACAUGCUCGAGGGCUUCUUGCCAGACGUAGAUACUUGGCCAUGCGAUACAAUCAUGCUGCCAUUGUGAUUCAAACAAGUGUGCGACGCUGGUUGUGCCGAAAUAGAUAUUUGAAAAACCGCAAGAAAAUAAUUGUUGCACAGUCAGCUAUACGCCGCUUCUUAGCCAAGAGGCGUUUCAGAAAAAUGAAAAAAGAAGCUCGGUCAGUUGAACAUGUUAAAAAACUUAACAAGGGUCUUGAAAAUAAGAUUAUAUCUCUACAACAAAAAAUAGGGGAACUGACAAAAGAAAACACAUCACUGAAAUCAGUUCAGAAUGAUGUUAAUGAAAUGCGACAGCGGCUGGAUAUUUUAAAAGGUGUUGAAGCAGAGCUGAAACGCACUACAAAUACGUUGAGAGAAAAGGAUGGUGAAAUUGAAAAGUUACAGAAGGACUUACAAAAGGAAAGAGAUGAAAAGAUGGAUCUAAUCAAUGAGGAGGAGAGGUGGAAAAAAGAAAAAGGUGACACUGAAAAGAAACUGGCUGAUGAUAACGAGCACCUUAAGGCCUUGUUAGAUGCUGCAAAUGAGCAAAUAAAGCUUAACCAAUUAAAUGCAGAAGAGAUAUUAAAAGCUCGUCUUGAACAAGAGAAACAACUUUUGAUCAGAGAACAAGAUCAAGAUAGAUCAGCCUACCAGAAACUCUUGAGAGAUUUCCAUGCAUUAGAGCAAAGAUCAGAUCAGAUGGAGCGUGAAUUAGCAAGGAUUCAUCGUGAGGGUGGCAAUAUACCAAAUACUCUGAGAAAGAAUAAGCACCAAAGAACCCCUUCAAGUGCAAGCACUAUGAGUAUGCAAGAUGAUGCUUUAAGCAUGAACAGUGAAAUUCCAGAUGAUGGCAGUACUGAUCAUGGAUAUGGGUCAGUGAGAUCCAAUACUUCACCGUCUGCCAGUCAUCUCACCGUUGAAAAUACUGAUUGGCAAACUCAACAAAGCAAGGGUGACAGUCCUGAGGCAGCACGCAGUACAUCAAGCAAUGCUUCUCCUGAUGUGGAUGUUGGUCUUGUGCUGAAACUCCAAACAAAAUUACAACAGGUAACCAAAGAGAGGACGCGCUUAAGCAAGCGUCUGGAUGCUUUGGACCAAGAUCUCAAUAAUUUGAGUGAAACAACAGCUCGCACCCAAGAAGCUUUCAGGGUUCAGGAAUUAGAAAUGGAAAAUCAAAAAUUGAAGAGCAAUCUAGAUAACUUACGCCUUGCAGCAACAAAAGGAAACACUGGCGCUCAACAACUCCUCAGUCAAUUCAAUGCCCUUGAAUUGGAGUUGGAGAGACGCAGAGAAGAAUGUAUUCAACUGCAUACUAUUCUUUCAGAUAAAACAAGUGGAAUGAAGAAUAUUGCCCAAUCUAGUUAUGGGAAAGACGUUGACAUUAUGAAUGAGGAUGGUGAGCUAGUUUUAGCAUUUGAAGCGCAAAAGAAGAUUAAUAGGCAAUUGGAGAAUGAGUUGCAGGAAGAAAAACAACAGUCACUGAAAGAGCAUGAUGAUCUGAGAGGGGAAAUUGAGCGGCUUUUGAUUGACAAUGAGAAGCUUCAAAGUCUCUUCUCUGAAAGUAUAGCUGAAGGUGCCUCAAACCCUGCUCAAGCUUAUCUUCAAUUUGAAGUCUCCAGAUUAACUCAAGAAAAUUUGGAUUGGCAAGAAAAAUAUGAACUUCUUGCUGAGGAGAACAACAAACUGAGGGCUCAACUGAAGAUUUUGGAUGUGAAAAUAAAAGGACUUACAGGAGGUGACCCUCCAUUAACUGGAGGUGUCAUUAGCAGUAGGGACAUCAAUCAGUCUGUAUCCAAAUUCCGCACAACACAGCCACCACAACCAGCUCCGCGGUCAACUGUUGAUUCACAGAAUAAGAGGGCUGCAGAUCAAUCAGGACUUCCUGUGGUGCGCAAAAAAGACAGAGAAUAUUUAGGCAUGUUUGAAUAUGCAAAAGAAGAUGAACAUACUCUUGUCCAAAGGCUCAUUAAUGAUCUAAAGCCAAAGACAGCUGUAAACCUCUUGCCUGGAUUACCCUCAUACAUUCUAAUGAUGUGUAUACGCCACACUGACUAUAUUAAUGAUGAUGAAAAAGUCCGAUCUCUUCUAACUGCCAUAAUUAAUACUGUGAAAAAGCUUAUUAAAAAGAAACAUGAAGAUCUUGACACAAUUGUGCUGUGGCUCUCUAAUGUUUUGAGAUUGUUGCACAAUAUGAAACAAUAUAGUGGUGAUAAAACAUUCCAAGAAGAAAACACGCCAAAGCAAAAUGAACAAUGUCUACGGAACUUUGACCUUGCUGAAUACAGACAGGUUCUAAGUGAUGUUGCUGUAUGGAUAUAUCAGGCCUUAAUAUCAAUCCUUGAGGAGAAGAUCCAGCCUUAUGUUGUUCCUGCUAUUCUUGAGAAUGAGGCAAUCACAGGUCUAUCAUCCCGGGGUGGUGGUGGAGGUGGUCGCCGUGGUCGGACAAUGUCCGAUGCUGAUGUCAAACCGGGAAUGCAACAAGCUCUUGAUGCUAUGAUUGGAGAGCUGUCUAGUUUCCAUCGAACUCUCGGAUUCCAUGGAGUAGAUCCUGAAGUCAUAACUCAGGUCUUCCGGCAGCUAUUCUAUUUCAUCUGUGCAUCUGCUCUGAACAACCUUCUAUUGAGGAAAGAUUUGUGUCAUUGGUCAAAGGGGAUGCAAAUUCGUUACAAUCUUUCACAUCUAGAGCAGUGGACUCGAGAUCAUAAGCUUUUAGAUCCAUGUAUUGUAGAAACCUUGGCACCCAUAAUUCAGGCUGCUCAAUUAUUGCAAGCCAGAAAAACUGAUGAAGAUGUACAGAGUGUGUGUGAUAUGUGUGACCGGUUAACAGUUCAUCAGAUCAUAAAAUUAUUAAAUUUGUAUACUCCUGCUGAUGAUUAUGAAGAGAGAGUGCCAUUGACCUUUAUAAAGAAGAUUCAGGCUCGUUUGCAAGAACGCGCCGAACUUCAAGCUAACCAAUUUGCAGGAGAGCCUCAAGUAACGUUACUUAUGGACUCAAAGCAGAGCUUCCCGGUCCGAUUCCCCUUCAACCCGUCAAAUAUUCGACUGGAAGAUAUUGAAGUGCCUGCUGUCUUAAAUGUACCAAUGCUUAAGAAAAUUUAAGCUUGUUUUGUUUUUGUUUUCCAAGCAAUAAUGAUUGCUAACUCUGUGGGCAGCACAAUAACAAAUAUAUGGAAUGUUACCUAAAAUGCUUAGAUUUUAAUUUUGCAAAUUUAGAAUAACAAUAGGGGGUAUCAAUUUAUUUUUUAAUUGGACCAUUGUUGAUGUUUGUUUUCUUCUAUUGAAAAUGUUGUUGCAUAUUUAUUUUAUUGUUUUGAAUAAACCUAGCCUGAUCUGGGAAGAUAGCAAGAAAAGGAAGCAUGUAGUUUUUUAACCAGGCUUUUGAAAGAAAUUUAAAUGUAUUGGGUCCUUACUUGACUAGCACCCUGGGCCUCUUUAGGUGAACAUAUGGUGCAGCAUCAGUCAAUCAAUUCAGUAUUACUUAUGAGUAAACUAGAAUUAAAAAGUACUGUAUGAAAUGAAUUUAAGUUAUUUAAUGGUAAGAUAGGUUUUUUUCCUGGCUUGGAACUUGUUGCCAUUAUCAUGUAAUCUUCCAUGAAAUUUUCCCUUCAAUUUUA